GCCCUGCCUGCUCCUGCUGCUGGUCAUGUCAGAUGUGCUCCUGUGCCAAGGCGAAUUUUGCUGGCUCUGUGGUCGAUACCUUUUUGGCGUCCGCCUGAAGUCCCCUAGAGAAACGUUUAGCCGUGCCUCCAUCCUGACCCACCACAUGCAUAAGCUUUCCACAAUAAUGUUCAAUGAGGUUGAUGAAAAGUAUUCCCAGAGUAGACCAGAGUAUAUCAAUGUCACCAAUGACUGCCACACCAAUUCCCUCCAUGCUCCUGAAGAAAGAGAAAAAGCCCAACAGAUGAACAAUGAAGACCUUACUAUGUGGAUACUCAUGUUACAGUACCUCUGGAAUGGUCCUCUGUAUAGUCUAGCCCAUCAAGACAGGAACUUUGAGAAAGACCUCUCAGAUACUCUCCUAUCAAGUGCCAGAGAGAAUUUAAAAAAAUUAAAAAAACUUGAAAGAAUCAUAGAGAGGCGAUUCAGACAGAUUAUUCUUCCAGUCAGAGUGAAGUUGGACAAGGAUCGCAUGUACUGGUCAGGAUCCCGAUCCCUGAGGUCCAAUAACGAAGAUAAGCGUCAUUCGGAAAUUUAUAAACUCUUCAAGUGCCUGCACAGAGAUUCACGUAAAGUUGACAUGUACAGCAAGAUCCUGGCGUGCCGAAUCAGCGACGAGUGCUAAAUCCACAUCCAUCCCAUCCAGCUCUCAGACGGUCCUAAUGAUCUUUC